AUGCGUAGGUCACUACCUGUGCAAGAUCCUUAUUUUGAUUUUGUAACUCACAAAAAAUAUGGAAAAGUAGAUGAGGUUAUCUCUGAAGAGUUGCAAAACUCAUCAACAGAAUUGGAAAAUUUGCGAAAAGAAAAUCAAGAAUUUAAAAAGGAGAUAGAAAUAAAACAGUUACAAUUAAAUCAAAUUUAUCAAAAAUUGCAAUUAUCACUUAGUCAAAGUCGGAAUUUGCGAGAAGAAAAUGAAGAACUUAAAAAGGAGAUAGGAGAAAAACGGUUAGAAUUAAAUAAAGUUAAAGAAGCCUUGGGACAAAAACAAUCAGAUGUAGACUUAUCAGUUAGUCAACAGCAAGAAUUAGUUGCUCAAAAACAGGAAAUAAAACAUUAUUUAAGUUUGAAGCAAACAGAAAACUUAAAACUCAGAGAAAAGGUUACUGAGUUGGAAAAAAAAGUGUGUUCACUAGAAAAAGAAUUAUUAGAAAGGAAAUUGAUUGGUCACAAAUCAGAGUUGAACAACCUGCUUAUUGUAAUAAAGGAGAAAAGUAAAAUGGAACAGAAAGAAUUAUUGGAUGAUUUAUUAGAGGCUCAAGUUGAGCUAGUAAAGUUUAACAAUACUUUUAUCCAAAAGCAACUAGAAAAAACUAAGAAUAAAUUAACUAGUAGUAGUGAAAUUA